AUGGAUCCUCCCACACGGAAACCCAACCGCCUACGGAACAUCCUCGUACGGAUCCUCACCUUCGGUGUCCUGGUCCUGGCCGUCCGAUUCGCUUACGUCAUCACACUUGCCGGCGAGUCGUGCGGCUACAACGACUUCUACUUCUUCCCCGACAACCUCAAACUCCACGGCGGCGGUGGCGAGGCCUUACGUGUCCGCCGAUCCACCCAGCCACGUGUUCCCGAGCUCUGGACCACAAAGAAGUGGCGCAGAACAGUCGAUUACUACUCGGCUAUUUUCCAAGGCCUGAUCGCCGAUGGGUUUCUCUCGCCCAAUUUCAAAACCCUCUGCGUCGAAACCCUAGCCGGCGAGGACGUCCUGGCACUUAAAGAAAACGGCUUCGUCGACUCUAUUGGAGUCUCCAAGAACGCUUCUCCGCCGUUGGUCGUUGCCGGCGAGGCCCACCGCCAGCAGUUCGAUGAAGCCACGUUCGAUUUCGAGUUCUCGGCUCUGGACCGGUCGGGUCGACCUGUGGAUUUUUCUGAUGAGCUCUGUCGGACUCUGAAACCGGGCGGGUUCUUCGUGGCUCACAUUGUGGCUAAAGAUUCGUACAGCUUCAAUUCUUUUAUCCAAUUGUUCAAUUGCUGUAGACUCAUUCGGUCGAGCGAGAUCGACGGCCUGGAAACGACGUCGGUUCUCGAGGUUGUGAUGAAGAAAGAGGCUGAAUUUUCUGGUGGCAAUUCCGGUUAUAAAUGCUCGGUUCCAGGGUAUAAGCGGGAAAUAGUGAGAAAGGCAGAGGCUUUGAUAGAGCAAGAGCCACUGAAACCUUGGAUUGCAUUGAAAAGGAACUUGAAGAAGGUAAAGUACUUAACUUCAAUGGUGGACAUUAGCUAUAAGCAGAGGUACGUUUAUGUUGAUGUUGGGGCUCGUAGCUAUGGCUCUAGUAUAGGAAGUUGGUUCAAGAAACAGUACCCAAAACAGAACAUUAGCUUUGAGGUGUAUGCAAUUGAGGCUGAUAAGGCAUUUCACGAAGAGUAUAGAACAAAGAAAGGGGUUUCUCUUUUGCCUUAUGCGGCGUGGGUGAGGAAUGAGACCUUGUUCUUUGAGAUCACAAGAGACCCAAGUACGAAAACUGUGGAAAAAGGUAGAGGAAUGGGGAGGGUUCAACCGGUGAGGCCUUCGUCGAAUUAUGGGGAUAAUGUGGAUAAGAUUGAGGGGUUUGAUUUCGCAGAUUGGUUGAAGAACACGGUUUCUGAGAGAGAUUUUGUGGUGGUGAAGAUGGAUGUGGAAGGGACUGAGUUUCAUUUGAUUCCCAGGUUGAUUGAGACUGGUGCCAUUUGUUUGAUUGAUGAGAUUUUUCUUGAGUGCCAUUACAAUAGAUGGCAGAGAUGUUGUCCGGGUCAGAGGAGCCCCAAGUUCAAGAAGACGUAUGGUCAAUGCUUGGACCUGUUCAAUAAGCUCAGAGACAUUGGAGUUCUUGUACAUCAAUGGUGGUGA